UGCGGGAUCCCGCAAACACGAUUUUGCCGGUCUCUAAUCCGAUUAGCCAAAAUUAUUUGUCUAUUUUUCCUUCGUGUUUCAUUAAAUGUUCUCAAACAAUAUCACAGAAUAUGUGUCAGGAGAGGUUUGGCCAGAAUUGAAAUGCAUUCUUAAACGACUUUACAGUGAUUUUGUUGUAAUCGAAAUUCCAAAAGAUGGAAACAUUUUAAAACCAAAUUAUAACAAUAAUGAAGAGGAGAAUGAGGAUAAAGAAGAAGAUAAUGGAGAAAACAAAAAAGAUUCUGCAGAAUUACCAAAAGAGUUGGAUUGCAUAUCUGAACAAAUUUCUAAAUUUUCACAAAUUGUAGAAGGCGAAAUUGAAGAAUGCGUUAUUGAUUUGAAGGAAUUCUCCAAGGAUGUCCGUAAACAACUUUAUGAUUUUAUCAGAAACAAUUUUAAAGAUCAAUUACAAACGAACUGUAAAGAUGGAAUUUUGACUGUUGAAAAGGCUAGCUGGAAUGAAAAUAGAAAACGCAAAUUUUGGCCAAAUGAUAGAGGAGACUAUCUACAUUUUACAAUAACAAAAGAGAAUAUGGACACAAAUACUUGUAUUGAUCUAAUUGCUAAUAGAUUAAAUUUGAAACCCUCACUCUUUUCUGUUUCCGGAACAAAAGAUCGCCGUGCUAUUACAGUCCAGCGAGUUUCUGCCUAUCGAAUUGAGAAGCGUCGUCUUUGCAGACAAAAUUUUCGUGGUCUAUGGCUCUCUGAUUUUGGCUAUUUUAAAACAAAAUUGGAAUUAGGAGAUGCAACGGGAAAUUAUUUUUCGAUAAUUUUGAGAGAUGUUGACAACAAUUUAAACCUUGAAGAAUUCGAUAAAAGGGUACAACAAUGGAAGACAAAUGGUUUUCUCAAUUAUUUCGGUUCUCAACGUUUUGGUGCUUGUGGUGUGCAAACUGCUGAGAUUGGACGUUUAAUUUUAAACCAAAAAUGGGAGGAGGCAGUAAAGGCUUUGCUUAAACCUAGGAGUGAUUCUUCUUCGACUAAAAUAAACGAAUGUUUAAAACACUAUACCGAUUCUGGCAAUGCAAAAGAAGCACUUCAACUACUUAGAUAUCCUGACAGAUUCAGCAGUAUCGAAAUCUCAUUACUUCGUUUUUUGUCAAACUAUCCAAAUGGUUAUAAAGGAGCAUUGUUAGCGUUGCCAAGGAAUGUACGAACAAUGUAUGUCCACGCCUAUCAAAGUGCUGUUUUCAAUCAUAUUCUUUCAAGGCGCAAAAAAUCGUUUGGACUUGCAUGUUUACCUGGUGAUUUGGAUGUACUAGGAAAUAUAUUAACUGAUGAAACUUCUAAAAUUGAAAAUGUUUGCUUUCCUCUUCCAUCUUUUGGAAAUAAAUUGCCUGAAAAUGAAGUUGGAGAAUGGUAUAAACAAAUUGCACAGGAUGACGAGAUUGAUUAUGAAUCCUUCAAGAAAAUUGAAAGCCAUUUUGGUCUCGGCAAUGUUUAUCGCCCAUUUAUUUCAAAACCUCAAGAUGUUUCUUGGCAAUUACUUGAAUAUUCCUUUCGUGAUGAACAGCUUCAAACCUGUGAAUUUAUUCCAAAAAAUGAAUUAAAAGAAGAGCAAAAUGAACAAAUUAAAAAGGAAGAAAAAGUCUUUAAAGCAUUAAAACUUUUAUUUACUCUUCCUUCUGGAACUUAUGCAACAAUUGCUUUGAGGGAAUUGAUGAGAAUAGAUUUUAGUAAAGAAUCACAAAAGGAAAUGGAAUUGGCUUGUUUAGGCAAAAAAGAAGAAAUUUAA